CUGCAUUGUAAUGGUGUGAUCCCGAUUUCUUUCAGUUACGAGGUGAUACUUUUCAGGCUCCCGACAACAACCGCCGGCUCACUCAACCCCGCGAAGUUCAUGGACUGCUGUUGAUGUAGCCUGACAUUGGAUUCUUGAACCUUUUGCUACUGUGGCCGCCAGCAGAGACAGAGUCCGUCACAACUUGGCGCCCUCCUCCCAACACGCUGACCCGAUCCACUUCUGGACCACGAGACAGCCUGAUCCGCCCUGAACUCGAAACGAAGGACUGACAUAGCCAUGGCGCCAGCGGCGAUUGUGACCAUGUGCGACGACUCCCGCGAACCGGAAGGAUACGGCACCCUGGUAUCCAUGUCACGGUCAUCCACCCUCGACUCCUUCGACACAGAUUCCCUUUCGGAGCCACGACCAGGAAGACUUUCCCGCACCAGCACCGGUGACCUCCUUGUCAGUGAGAAAAUAUUGGCCGCCGCCGUAGGCAACCGCUACUCCGGGGUCGGUGUCCUCCAAACCCUUCUCCGCCACCGCAGUCACAUCACCGUCAGCGAGAAGAUCAUCGUCGCCGCCGCCGCGAAUACACGCGAGGGUGCCGCGUUGACAAAACUGCUCCUGGCCCACGGGAAUGUCGAUAUCGGCCUGAGUGAGGAGGUCAUGCAAUCGGCCGCGAGGAACGAAGGCCAAGGGCCCGAAGUGAUGGAGGUCUUGCUAGAGCAUCUUAAGCAACACCACACAAACCAUGGGGAGGAUGAUGACAAGGACAUACGCAUGAAGAUGGCAAUCAGCGACAAAGUCCUGCAAUUGGCGGCGGCGAAUGAAGAAAAGGGCCCCGAGGUCAUGGCUGUCCUGCUAAGGUAUGGGAAAGACUUUGGUCUGGAGGUGAAUGACAGCGUCAUGGAGGCUGCGGCGGCGAACGAGGACCGGGGCCCCCAGGUGAUGGAGGUUCUCUUGAAGCAUUUGGAUCUGGAUCAGCUUUGAGCGAGCCUUGUACGUGGUAGCAUAUAGUGUGAGAAGAUCGAUCGAAGCAUGUAGGAAGAGCUCGACUGUAGGUUCAAUUGGAGAUCGUGCAUGGCAAUUCGAAGACAACAUCG